UUAUAAUCCAUUUUAGCCUACUCAACUUAUUUUUGAUUGAGGACGGCCUGACGUCUGUAAGUCGCUUUAAUUAAUGUGUCAGCCAAUUUAAGUCAGUUUAGCCUACACAUCAUACGAAUUGAAUUAGACUAGCCUUGUCUAGAUCUGUGGAACACGAGGAUUUUCUAAUGAUCUUGUUAACAGGUGACAUUAUUUUGUUCUCAUACAGUUAGCAUAUUUAACGCGAUCCUAUUAGAACAUGCAACACAAGCAUCAACUUCUCAUUAAAGCUGGCAUAGUAUAUAAUUCAAGUACAAUGAGGCAAUGACUCAUCUUUUUGUCAUUAAUAAGCAGCUAAAUUUGUUUCAAAUUGCACGAUGACAAACGUGAGACCCACUAAGAAAAGCGGAAAGCCUGUCGAAGUGGAACCUCCUACCGGCGAACUCGGGGGAGCUCGUCCCAUUGGUUUGGAUGGGCACUGGAACGCAGUUGGAUGGUAAAAGUCCUUGCAGCUGAUUGGCUACGAUUAAAUCCAGGAAGCUGAUGGGAUAUUUUUUAUAGUCUAUGGAUAGAAGAGAAGAAGCAUGGUUUGCUGAACGUAGUGAGACUUUUGUAAAACACUGAUGACAGAAGACCUGAAGUCUGCAAUGGCAGGAUUUACUGAAUCAUCAUCACAACUGCUGUUAUCAGCUGAGGAGAUAAAACAAGAAGAAUUUGACGAUUUUCUACAAGACUAUCUGUUUGGAUCUCAGACAGUAGAAAACCCCAGGCUAAAACAUGGCUGUUGCAGGCCUGAGACUGAAAUGUGCACGUCAUCAACCUUUACCUGUAAAGAAGAAAAACACUCGCCUAUGGAAACUAAACAAGAGGAAGUGUCUGAUUUAAGAGGAUAUGGUCAUGACACUUCUCCUGCAAGAGACGUUCAAAGGAUCCAGUGUAACAGAAGAGGGAACACUGAGUCAAAGAGGAACAGGGAGAGACGUCACAAGCCAGCCCAGCACCAGAGGACUUCAGGCAAGAAAUCGCGGCAGCCAUCGCACACCAGGGAGAAACCGCAUAACUGCCCCCAAUGUUCCAAAACAUUUGCUCUACCCUCCGCUCUUAGAGCUCAUCAACAAAUCCACACAGAUGAAAAGCCCUUUCAGUGCAGCAUAUGUGGGAAAUGUUUUAAGAGAGACUCGCAUGUCAUUCUGCAUCAGCGCACCCACACUGGAGAGAAGCCACACAAGUGUUCUUAUUGCGGGAAGGCCUUCAGUCAAGUCCCCAAUCUCAACAGACACGAGCGGACCCAUACCGGGGAAAAGCCGUAUCAGUGCACGGUGUGUGGGAAGGGUUUCGCGUGUAGUGGGGACUUGGGCAAACAUCGGCUUACUCAUAACAAAAACCAGUGUGAUACAUGUGGGGAGAGCUUUAGGAGCUAUUUAUCUCUCCGCGUCCACGAGGUCACACAUACUGGCGAGAAGCGAUUUCAUUGUUCUCAGUGCGGAGCGGGCUUUGAGCGGAGUAACGGUCUCAAAAGACACCAGUGGAUCCACACUGGGAAAAAGCCGUACUCGUGUGCUACGUGUGGACAGCAGUGCAGGAGUAAAUCGGAACUCGCUGCCCACGAGGGCAAACACACUGGCGCGAGCCUUUUCAAAUGCUCGACGUGCGCAAAGGGUUUCGGGACCAAGGCACACCUCAUGACUCACCAGAGGGUCCACACUGGGGAAAAGCCUUAUCUGUGCACCACGUGUGGGAGGGGGUUCAGUUACAGCUCAAACCUGGCUAUGCACCAGGUGACGCACACAGGAGAAAAGCCUUACCAGUGUUGUUACUGUGGAAGGGGCUUUACUCAAAUUGGUAAUCGCAACAAACAUCAGAGAAAAAGAUGUGUCCAAUCCACUCAGCUCUCCACUCACAAGAAGAUGGGUAGAAAAUAGGCUUGUCCUAAUCCCUCAACUGUAUGAAUUGAGAUUUAGAAUAAAAUAAGUGUUUCAUGUUAAAUGCAGGGAUGCAGUAAAUUUGGCAUGCAUUAUUGUUUAUCUUUUUUGAAAAGAUGUUUUGAUUUUGUUUGUCUUUUUCAUGAGGUAUUUUGUUUUUCCAAAAUAAAUUCUCUUUACUUCA